CCCUCACGCCGGCGGCGCGGGCGGGGCCGCGCGCGCAUGUGACGGUCCCGGCCCCGCCGCCGCCAUGGCCGCCCGCCUGCUGCCCGCUGCCAAGUUUCUGAUCAAAGGAGGCCUGGCUGGAGCUGCUGUGUAUGUGGCAUAUGACCAGGGGCUGCUGGGCAGUGGCACAGAAGGUGCUGAAGCACUCAGAAAAGCUCAAGAAACGCUGCCUCCAGCUAUCCAAGAGUGGACAGAUUACCUGGGCUGGGAGCUCCCAUCCACUCCAAAAAUUGACUUUUCCCUCUCUGCUUCCUGGAAUAAAGGGGUGCACACAGUGAUGUCUGCCUUGUCUGUAGCUCCCACCAGGGCCUGUGAAUACACAGUGGAAGGCUGGAAAUACGUGAAGGAUCUUGUGAAAUGAACGCGUUCUCCAGAGUUCAGGAUUCUCUCAGUUCACCCCUCUGGAGGGCAGCUCAGCCGUGUAAGGGCUACAAUAAAAGACUUUGGUGGAACUUC